GAAGGUGGGCAGCCGGAGGACCGGCUCCGAGGAGGUUAUAAAAGGCAGGAGGACUGGGACGCAGAAGGACCCGGAGCCUCCGCGCAGCCCUGCGGGGACCUGCCAGGCUCCUUCGCUAGAAGCCCAGAGGAUUCUCUCCCCGACGGCAGAAGCAGCCCAGCAGGAGCAGGGACGCUGCCAGCCAUGCCCCGGGGAGCUGAGCGCAGGGGCAGCUGAGGAUGGUGCCCAGCCUACGUCCUGCCCUCCUCCUCCUGCAGGCAUUUCUCCUCUGGGAUAGCCCAGUUGCAACUUCCAUCCAGGAGCAGUACUGCGAGAGCCUGCCGCCCGUCACCAACCACACUGGUCCCCAGUGCAACGCCUCAGUGGACCUGAUCGGCACAUGCUGGCCCCGGAGCGCGGUGGGGCAGCUGGUGGCUCGGCCCUGCCCUGAGUACUUCUAUGGCGUGCGGUACAACACCACCAAUAAUGGGUACAGGGAAUGCCUCGCGAACGGGAGCUGGGCAGCACGUGUCAACUACUCCCAGUGCCAGGAGAUCCUCAGUGAAGAGAAGAAGAGCAAGCUGCAUUACCACAUCGCUGUCAUCAUCAACUACCUGGGCCACUGUGUUUCACUGGGGGCCCUCCUCGUGGCCUUUGUCCUCUUCAUGCGCCUGCGGAGCAUCCGGUGCCUGAGAAACAUCAUCCACUGGAACCUGAUCACAGCCUUCAUCCUACGCAAUGCCACGUGGUUCGUGGUGCAGCUCACCAUGAACCCAGAGGUGCAUGAGAGCAAUGUGGUUUGGUGCCGCUUGGUCACUGCUGCCUACAAUUACUUCCAUGUCACCAACUUUUUCUGGAUGUUCGGCGAGGGUUGCUAUCUGCACACGGCCAUCGUGCUCACGUACUCCACGGACAAGCUCCGCAAGUGGAUGUUCAUCUGCAUUGGCUGGUGUAUCCCUUUUCCCAUCAUCGUUGCCUGGGCCAUUGGGAAGCUCUACUACGACAAUGAGAAGUGCUGGUUUGGGAAGCGAGCAGGUGUUUAUACUGACUACAUUUACCAAGGCCCCAUGAUCCUGGUGCUUCUGAUCAACUUCAUCUUUCUAUUCAACAUUGUCCGAAUCCUCAUGACGAAGCUCCGAGCUUCAACCACGUCAGAGACAAUCCAGUACAGGAAAGCAGUCAAGGCUACACUGGUGCUGCUGCCCUUGCUGGGGAUCACCUACAUGCUGUUCUUUGUCAACCCCGGGGAGGCUGAGAUCUCCAGGAUAGUCUUCAUCUACUUCAACUCCUUUCUGGAAUCUUUCCAGGGCUUCUUCGUCUCUGUCUUCUACUGCUUCCUGAACAGUGAGGUACGAUCAGCCGUGCGGAAGCGGUGGCACCGGUGGCAGGACAAGCACUCCAUCCGUGCCCGCGUGGCAAGGGCCAUGUCCAUCCCCACCUCCCCGACCCGUGUCAGCUUCCACAGCAUCAAGCAAUCCACGGCUGUCUGAGCCGGGAGCAAGAGGCCGCACCGGGAGCCGACGUCCCCACUGGGACGUGGGGAGCCCCUGAGAGCGGGGCACAGCACAAGACCAGGUCCUCCCAGGACCAGCCCCGCAAGGAGAGCACAAACUCACUUGGUCAUGGGACACCUGCACAGCUCCUGCCCCAUGUGCUGGGCAGACCUGAAGGACAGGACAGCUGAGAUGCUGCUUUGCCAUCUCCCUGGCAGCUGUGUGACCUACUGGCAUGGCAGAAAGAGCCAGAAGGACCUGGAGAGGUUGCAGCAGCUUUCUGCCAGCUCCAUCCUGGGCAUGAUGUCUCGGGGUUUGGGCAUGAUUUAUCAGGUUUGUCUGCUUUGAGGUGACAGGAAACCAGGUCAUUGCUGGGAGAGCUUAUGGGGCUGAUUCCCUGGGAAGCUGGGUCAGCCUUCCAGUGGGCACAUGCUAGAAUGUUGCUGGUAUGGGGGGACCCUCUAGAGAAGCCAAAGUCCUAUGUGUUGGAAGGGGAUGGAUAGAGAGCCCUGGAGUGACUGUAGACAUUGUUUCACGUGGCUAUGUUUUUGUAGCGCUGGGGUUGAGUUGUUCCCCUGUCACUUGCUCUGUCUCCUGGUGUCCUGUAACUGCUGCUUGGUCUGACUAGGUCAUUUCUCAUCUAGACACCAAAGGUGGGGUAAAGCAGUGGGGUGGGAGAGGAGAGGUAACUCCCUCUCCCAUGGGGAUGCAUCCUAGGGGCUCUGAACAGCCACACAGAGUUGGCUUGAUCUGGAGGGAAACACAGGAAUUAGUUAAAUUCUCUGGUUCAGCCCAGAUGGAUCCACAGGUCUCUGCAAAGCUCUGGACCUCAGGCUGACUCCAUGUCCCUGCUCAGAGGGUGGAAAGGUGAGGGAGCCCUUCAGUGGAGUGGUGGCUGAAGGCCCCAAAGGUAGGUACUGCAGGGACAGGCCCUGGCUCUGCCCCCUCCUGCUUGCCCUGCUUUUACCUGGGCAGGUGGGCCCAGUGCCAAAGCUGCUCCUUGCUCUUGUGCAGGGGAUGGCACCAAACCAUCCCCACACUGGGGUUAAGUGCCUUGGAGGAGCAGCAGCCUCCUUUCCUCCUUUCCCUCUCUUCCUAUCGCCCUCCCCAUUCUGGGCACUCCAGACUGUCCCCAGUUCCCCCUCUCUCAUUGCCCUCUUCCAUGUGGUCACCAAAAGCAGCUGAGCAGAGAAGUGGAUUUGCCUUGACCUCUUUGGAGCCACCUUUUCCUUGUCCCAUACAAGGUCUGGGGAUGCCCAGGCAGGAGACAGAUUACAGCAGCUUUAUGGGCUGUCUGCCCUCUGCAUCCCAGGGAUUUUGCCACUGGGGCCAUACAGGGUCUGAUGUGAGCCCCUUCACGCUUCUGUGCCUCAGUUUUCCCACUAUAAAGAACAGGCAUAAAUGUUUCCUGCCCUGGGGAGAUUUAAGCAUCUUUGAAAUUGCAGUAUUUUGUGAUUUCCUCAGGAUAUACCACCAGAAAGGAAUAAAAUCUUGCAUCUUUUUAUUUAAAGAGAAGCAUAGGGGAAAAAACUCUGGGUUCUUUCUUCAAACAUUUGCGAAAUUCAGUCAUUUGGAGCAAAUUCCUCCCACUUCCCUCCCAUUUUGAUUUUCUACCUGCAUGUCUACAGUGCAGCAAAACUGGAGAUAACCCAUUGACUCCAAUAAUCUGCUGGGAAUAGCAACAGUUCCCAGUAUGACACAGUGACCACAACAAGGACCAUACCCUGCACAUAGGGCACAUUUCAGUCUUUGUUCAAGUUCAGCCACUGCCAACAGUCCCAAAAACUGCCCCUUCAAAAUAUGGAUGUGAAAAAGACCCCUUGAGUUAUGCAAUGGGAAAAGGGGCAGCUUCCAGCUCUAUGGACACUUUCUGCUGGUGCCCUACAAGGAGUAGAUUUGCUUCUUCUGUGUCUUGGUUUCUCUGUUGGGUGCUUUGUCAGGAGCUAAUAAUGAUCUGCUGGCAAUGGAGAAGGGGCAAUGUCCCAGAGAGCUUUUUUCCUCAUUCCUGCAAGUGAUGUUGCCAAAAAAUGACGUGCUACAUGUUCCAUUUGGACUUUUCUAAAGUGGGGUCCUUUGGUGGAAAGAAGCUGGAAACUGAAAAACCAAAGAAAGAAACCCGAACAGGAGCAUCUGUGUUCACAUCACUGUUUUUCCCUUCUCCUCUUGGUGGUCUGCUCCAACUGAUGUGACUUUGCUUUCCAUAGCUGGAGUGUGUAUUCUCAGUCUUGUUUGAUUAAAAAUACUUCAAUUCCUCUUACAAGGACUUUUGGAGCAUGUUUAUCUUUUGGAAAAGACAACCCUGGCAUGGGCCCUCCCCAGUUUCCAUGGGAUCAUCCUCACACUGCAGUGGGCUCAGCAUCCCACUGGUCCAGAGGCUUUUUUGUCUCCUUUCUACCCCAACUCCAUGUGUCCAGAGCAUGGAGGUGGCUCUCCACAAAGGUAUCUACACCAUCUCAUCCAAGAGAAUUCCACACGGGUUUUCCAGACAAGUACCAUCAGGGAUGGAGAAAUUCCUCCAGGUUUUCCCCCUUGCCAGGUGAGCUAAUACAGAAUAAAAAUGUAAUGUGCU